AUGCGCUGCUGGAAAACGAUGGCCAUCUUCCUGCUCUGCUCGCUGCUGCUCAGCCAGACACGCUCUGCCUCCUUGCACCGCCCGCAGCCCCGGCUGGCGCGACAGCGGCGGAUGACGCCGUUCUGGAGAGGAGUCUCCCUGCGACCCGUCGGAGCCUCCUGCAGGGAUAACAGCGAGUGCAUCACCAUGCUGUGCAG